CCGGGCGCGGGCAGGGAACGGGCAGGGGGUGCCGCCCCCGCCCCCGGGGCGCCGUGUCCGGGAGGAGGAGGGCAGGGGAAGGCUCGCAGCCCGGGGAGGUGGGGCCGGGGCAGGUGCCAGGGGAAGGCAGGAAGGGGCGGGCAGGGCGCUGCCUGUUCCUCGCCAUUGGGAAGCGGCCGCAGGCAGUGGCGGAGACUCGCCCGGUCGUGCUGGAGAGAGUCCGGUCCCGCACCCACGGGGCUCCGCUUCCCGGUGCGGGGAGAGCUGCCAGCCCGGAGGAGGGUGCCGGAGUCCGGCUGCAACUCGGAGUCGAGCCCCCGAGGAAGGGUCCUGGAACCCGGCUGCAGCCCGGAGCCGAGUCCCGGAGAAGGGUCCCGGAACCCCGAAGGAAGCUCCUGCAGCGAAACCCCUCAACCCCGCUUCGCAGAGCGGUGCGGAGCCCCGGAGCAAAGCCCCGACGGAGGGAUCUGCCUGCAACCCGGAGCAGAGUCCCGUCGGAGAAUCCCGGAGCCCGGCUGAUCCCGACAGCGGAGCCGGGCUGAACCUCGCAGCAAAGUCCCGUCGGAGAGUCCCGGAGCCCGGCUGAACCCCGCAUCCCGAGGCAGAGCCCCCUCCGAAGGUCCCGGAGCUCGGCUGCAUCCCGGAGGAGAGCACCGUCGGAGGCUCCCGGAGCUCGGGCUGAACCCCACAGCGAAGCCCCGUCGGAGGCUCCCGGAGCCCGGCCGCCCCCGGGAGCGGAGCCCCGUCGGGGCAGCCGAUCGCCCCGCAGCCGGAGUCCCGGAGCCCGGCGGUAGGAGGCUCCCGAAGCCUUCGGGACCCCUAAGCCUCUUUGAACGGCGGUGCCCGGGGGAUCAACCCCCGGUCCCUCCAUGGACUGAGAUGGCCUCGGAGCUGGCCAUGAGCGCGGAGCUGCCCACCAGCCCCCUCGCCAUCGAAUACGUCAACGAUUUCGACCUGAUGAAGUUCGAAGUGAAGAAGGAACCGGCGGAGGCGGAGCGGCUGUGCCACCGUCUACCCGCCGGCUCCCUCUCCUCCACCCCGCUCAGCACGCCCUGCUCCUCCGUGCCUUCCUCGCCCAGUUUCUGCGCUCCCAGUCCCGGUGGGCAACCGGUUCCGGGUCCCCCGACUACCACCGCCGCCUCCCUGGGCUCCAAACCGCAGCUGGAGGAGCUGUACUGGAUGUCGGGUUACCAGCAUCACCUCAACCCCGAAGCUCUCAACCUGACGCCGGAGGACGCGGUGGAGGCGUUGAUCGGUGCCCCUCACCAUCAUCAUCAUCACCAUCAAGGUUACGAGCCUUUCCGGCCUCAGCCUUUCGGUGGCGAGGAGCUACCGCCGGCCGCCCAUCACCAUCCCGGUCAUCACCACCAUCAUCACCACCACCUGCGCUUGGAGGACCGCUUCUCCGACGAUCAGUUGGUGAGUAUGUCGGUGCGGGAGCUCAACCGGCAGCUGCGGGGCUUCAGCAAGGAGGAGGUGAUCCGCCUCAAGCAGAAGAGGAGGACCUUGAAGAACCGGGGCUACGCUCAAUCCUGCCGUUACAAGCGGGUCCAGCAAAGGCACAUCUUGGAGAACGAGAAAUGUCAACUCCAGAGCCAGGUGGAGCAACUCAAGCAGGAGGUGACCCGCUUGGCCAAGGAAAGGGAUCUGUACAAAGAAAAAUAUGAGAAAUUAGCCGGCCGGGGUUUCCCGAGGGAGCCCUCCCCAGCCGCCGCCCCCAAACCCGCCGCCGACUUCUUCAUGUGAGCCGCAAACCCCCCGGGGGUGGGGGGGUUAUGUGUGUGUGUGUAGGGGGGUCCCCUUUUUUUCCCCCCCCUCCUCUUCCUCACCCCUUCCCACGUGGGGAGAGAGAACCCUCUGCUUGUACAAAAAAGAAAAAUAAUAUUAUUAUUAUUUUUUCCCCCUGAAAUUUUGGGGAGGGGGAAGUCGAACCCCCCACACCCCAUUGCGGGGUGGGGGGGGGGGGAACGGCAGACCUGGAGCCAGCCUGCAUGCGGGACGUGUACGGCGCGCCUCCCCACCCCCCCCGGGAGCAUCAGCGCCAUCCAGGUGGCUUCUCCCCCCUCCCUCAACGUCCACCCACCCCACCCCCCCCAUCCUGCGUGUUUCACCCCCCUUCUCCCCCCCAAUUUGAUUUUUAUUUUCAUUUUCAAGGGGUCGCCACGGAUCGGCCGGGGGGAUCCCCGGCAGCGCUGAGCCCUGCCCGGCCCCGCCGCGCCCCCCCCUUCCCCCCGGCCGGCAAACCUGAGCCACAUUUAACUUAUUUACCCUUGUAAAUAUGUAGAAAUUAGUUAGUUUUUUGCCUUUUUUUUUUUUUUUUCCUUGAGCCUAUAUUUUGCUUGGUGAUUUACGAAAAAAAAAAAACCAAACCUAAAAUCCUUUAGAAAAGAAAAAAAAAAAUACACGAGUCUUAAAAGUUUGUAUGUAAUAGCAUGCAAAUAAUAUCCGAGUUAAUUUAACGAUGUUGGGAAGAAGCCGAAUGCACUAUAUACAGGAAUCAAUUGGGUUACAUAAUACUGUUUUAUAGAGAUUUAAAAUUAUCUAUGCUCUUAAAAAAAUAGUGGGGGGGGGUGGUGUGUGGGACGGGGGGAGAGGUAACAAUUUUAGGGUGACCUGAAAGGCAAUAUAGUAAUAUAUGGACUGCAAACGGUUGGCUGCUAUCUCACUAUGCACCAGAUUUAUUUAUUAACCCUCGGGAAACGGAAUAUUAUUUUAACCUCGAUGUUGGAAGAAGGAAAGAAAAUGCACAUUAUUUCUUGCGCAAAAAAAAAAAAAAAAAAGAAAAUAAUAAUAACUCGUGCAAUUGCGCUUGGAGCGAAAGCGGGGCCGAUCCUGCGCGGAGGAGCGGGCUGGGUUGUUUGUUUCUUUUUUAACAAGUUGCUUAUUUAAAAAAGAAAAACUAUUUAAAAAAAAAAAAAUAAUUAAUCUUGGGGGGAAAACACAAGGGUCUUGCGGACAAAGCGAGCUUGGGAGCCUGGUGCAUUUUAGGUACUGAUCGUGCGAAGCGUUUUUAACGACCUGUUGUUUCGAUUUGUGACGGUUUUAACGAUGUUGCAUCAAGAUAAAAAAAACAAAAAAACAAAAAAAACUUAUAUUCAA